UUGGGAUUGUCAUUUGUGUAAUUGAGUGCUUUUUCAUCACUUGUUUUUAUCAUUUCGAGAAUACAAAUAGUAAAUCCAGUUUCAGACGUGUUGAUAUCUUCGUUGUUUACAUCUAGUAGUUCGUUCAUUACCACUCAUUAGUUACAAACGAAAUUGGCCUUUGUUCAAGCUUAGAAGGACGGAUUUUCGUCUUGUAUUAUAGUUAUGGCUAGAACAAACGCAAAGGAAACGGAAUUUCCAAUUCCAUCGUACCUGCGAAAUACAAAUUAUGGCGCUGUAUGCUCGCAAAAAGACCCGAGAACAAUAAACACAUUUGAUGUUGAAGGUGAUGAUUAUUACAGAGAUUCAAUGAUGGCCGUUCUUAUUCCCGACCCAUUGCCGAGCAGGUGGAAUAUCAUCGAGUCUUCUGAAUUGGUUGAGUCUAUUAACGAUGAGAGAGAACUUCGAUUUAUGGGUCCAGGUUCGGGAACAGAACAUGAUUCAGCAACGGUUCUCGCAAACCAUCCAAUUCCUUCGCAAGCAGGAAUUUAUUACUUUGAAAUUGAAGUACUUUCUCGCGGAAAAGAAGGAUGCAUAUGUAUUGGAGUUUGUACAGAAGGCAUGGAAACAGGUCGUCUACCUGGUUGGUCUUCUGCAAGUUGGGGUUACCACGGAGUCGAUGGAACUGUAUUUAGUUGCGCAGACCGAGGAGGCAACUAUGGCUCUGCUUUCACUACUGGCGAUGUAAUCGGCUGCUGUGUUGACAGAGUUGAUAAAACCGUUUUCUACACAAAGAAUGGGGUCUCUUUGGGCAUUGCUCACCGUCAUGUCAACGGCCAAUUGUAUCCCUGUGUUGGACUUAAAUCAGAAGGUGAACAUGUUACUGUUAAUUUUGGAGAGAGUCCGUUUUAUUUCAACAUUGAUGAGUAUGUUGCACGGAAGAAAAAGGAAAUGUUUGAAGUUAUAUCGGAAGAAAACUCUACUCCAGAGGAGAAUCCAAGGCCCGAUAUAAAUGUGCGUAAUCUUGUACUUAAUUAUUUACGACACAAUGGCUUCGUCCAAACAUUCCAGGCACUCUCUCAAAAAAACGGUUCAAUAAAAUCAGCGCUCCUACGGAGAGACAUACAAGAUAGCAUUCUGGAAGGAACGGCAAGUAGGGCAGUGAAAAAAAUCAAUCUCCGUUACCCUGGAUGUUUUACAAAGAACCCAGACUUGGCUUUUUGUUUAAAAUGUGCACAGUACUUGGACCUUUACGGAAAUCAUGAAGAACUGUCAACAAGCAAAAAUGGCAAUAGCGCAACGGAACAGUCGCCCGCUCAAUUGCAGCCACUUGUUGAAGCAGCACAAGAGCUGGUGGCCGAGUUUUCAGGCACAUUGUCAACGGAAGACCAAAAGUUUUUAGGUGACUGUGUGGGCUUACUUGCUUGCAGUGACACAGAAAAUGGAUCCGUAGCCUAUUGUCUCUCACACGAAACAAGAGAAGCUCUUGCUGACCGUGUGAAUAGGUGUCUUUUGGAGAUUGAAGGAAACCCCAAAUCUUCAAGCUUGGAGGCAUUCUUAAAACAUAUCAUUCUUAUCAGUGAAGUGAAAAGUGCAAAAGUACAUGCACUGAACUCGUUGGUGAAUGUUAAGAAGGAUUUGUUUCUUCCUUAGUCUGAGUUUCAUUUUGUCCAUUGACUUUUUUUAAUGAUAAUUUUAAUCUUGCGAUGAUUAGUUUUAUGAAAAAAAAUUUACGUAACCAA